AAGAAAGAAAAGGAAAAUAACUUAUAUGUGAAUUCUUUUAUAUUUCUGUAACACGAGGGAAGAAGUGAUUCAGCUGUUUGAUAAGUGUAUAAAGAAGAGCUGCAUUAUUUCAAGGAUGUAUCUUGUUGUAAAACUAGUAUUGAUAUUAAAUUCAAGGAUGAUUAAUGGUUUGAGUUACAAUCUGGAACUGGCUAUAGUUGUUGAUUUUUUGGGCCACUUCGCAAUGCCGCAUCAUCGGUGUUAACUUGGACAAAACCAAUAGGAGCAAGUAGAGAGCAGGAACCCAUUUCCAUUUAAGAGUAGCUUGCUGGUUCAGCUGCUGCAGCAAUGGCUUCGCAGUCCCAAGGAACAUCAUCGGAGGGCAGCCCCUCGGCCACGGUGAGCCACGAGUACCGCCUCGCCGUCCAAACCCGUUCCUACACUGAGAUUUGGUCAAAGAUUCACCAACGAGAUGGAGAUGAGGAGCUGGUGCUGGAGCAAGUGCUUCAACCCAAUCGAGAGUGCGUGGAAGAGGCCCUCCGCCACGCCCAACCCAACUCCCUCACUCGUCUCGUCUCCGACUACUUCCGCCACACCGAGGACGCCACCCACCUCUGUCUGCUCCUCCACCGCAGCGUCUACCGGGCGCGUGACCUCUACGCCCCUCUCCACGAACUCCUCGACGUUUUCGAGGACCUCAGCCUCAACCACUCUCAGUGCACCCACGCUUUUAACGUCUUCACCCAAUUCGACCGCCACGACAACCCUUUCCCUUCCCCCGACUCCCACCACAACUUGGACGACACCCGCCGCCUCUUCUCCGACCUCAAGAACAAGCUCGAUCGCCGCCUCCGCAAAGCUCGCCGCAUUCGCCGGGCCACAGUCAUAUGUCUGAUUGCAACUGCGGUGGGAGUGGUAGGUGCUGCUGCGGCGGCCAUCACAGGCCACGCUCUGACGGCUGCGUUUGUUGUGGGCGGGCCUUGUUGUGUGUGCACCAGAAGCAAGGACCAUAUGAAACAACUGGAUGCUGCGGCCAAGGGGACUUGUGUGCUCAACGGUUAUCUGGGUAACAUUGACAGGCUGGCGCAGCGCCUACGUACGGCGGUGGAGAGUGACAAGCAUUUCAUUCGGCUGGGAUUGGAGAGGGGUGCUGAAGACAAGCAUCCCAUCCAGGAGGUGCUUAAACAGCUGCGCAAGGGCCACUCCAAUUUCCUUCAACUUCUCAAUGAACUUGAUCAACAAAUAUGUCUCUGCUUCAACACCGUUAACAGGGCCAGGUCGCUGCUUCUCCAACACAUCUAUACAACACACUACACUAGUUAGCCCUCUUCUUUUUCCUAAUCCAGUUCCAAGGAGCUGAGAUGUGCUGCGCUAUGCAAUGGAAACCAUGCUGCAUUAUAUGAUCUAAUAUGUGACAGUGUGCAAGUAACACCUGAAUUCCAGAUUAUUGUAGUUACACAUGUUGAAUGUAAUCUUUAAUUCUUUAUCGAAUCCUGUAACUUAUUUGUGACCUCC